UGUUCUUACCGCCCCUGGUCUCCACCCGCUUCCCCAACAUUUGCUGCCCGCUGACUGAAGUUCACGAUUGAGGCUCUGCAUUGCAGUUACAAAAUUGUAAUUAUAAGAAUAAAAAGUAAAGGAAUAAUAAAUCGAAUAUUAUCAGAAUUACCACCGAAAUCAGAGAAAUGGCAUAUUACUCCCAGCAACAGCCUUUUUACAACCCAAAUAUCCCAUUUACUGGCUCAAUUCAAGGAGGUUUAAAGGAUGGCAAAAGUAUCACUGUAAGUGGACGAGUUUCACCAAGCGCCAACAGGUUCCAUGUGAAUCUCCAGUGUGGCUCCAGACCGGAUGCAACCAUUGCACUGCACUUUAAUCCACGUUAUGAUUCUUUUCAAGGAUAUAUUGUAACCAACACCAAGAAGAAUAACUCCUGGGGGGUAGAGGAGCGCAUACACAAGGCCCUCUUACCCCUGGGAAGUAAUUUCACCCUUCUGAUCCUUGUUACAAGCCAAUCAUACAAGAUCAGUGUCAAUGGCAUCCAUAUUAUUGACUACAAACACCGAGUCCCAUUCAACAUGGUGGACACUAUUGCAGUGGACGGGAUGGUGGAGGUUAACUCAAUCAGUUUCCAGGAGCCUGUGGGUAUUAUACCUGCCCAAGCUGGAUUCCAGCCACAGUUUGCUUUUCCUCCUGGAUAUGUCAUGUCUGCAUUUCCUGCCCCACAAAACUAUAGUGUGCCAUUCAAAACCGUCAUCAAUGGAGGAUUGUACCCUGGCAGAAAUAUUUCCAUCCAAGGUGUAGUUAAUCCUCAAGGUUCCAGGUUCAUUAUUAACCUGCGUCACAGAAGUGGAAUUGCCUUUCAUUACAAUCCUCGCUUUGAUGAGAACUUGGUUGUACGCAAUACCUUAACAAUGGAGCAGUGGGGACCAGAAGAGCGCUCUGGCGGCAUGCCAUUUUACAAGGGACAAAACUUCCAGAUCAUCAUCUCCUGCAAUCCCCAACAUUACAACGUGUUUGUCAAUGGGAUGCAAGUGCAUACUUACAACCACCGCUUCACCAACUUGGGAGAGAUUGAUAUUCUGGAGGUGUCUGGUGACUUGAGCUUGAUUGGUGUAAAUGUUUAAACAAAUGUUUAGCUAAUCACUUUUAAUAAACCAACUCUUGGUAUUA